AGACAAUGGCGAAGAAUAAACUAAGAGGGCAGAAGUCCAGAAAUGUAUUUCACAUAGCGAGCCAGAAAAACUUCAAGUCUAAACACAAAGCAAAACCAGUUACCACAAAUCUUAAAAAGAUAAACAUUGUGAAUGAUGAAAAAGUCAGCAGAGUAAAUAAAGCUUUUGUAGAUAUACAAAAGGAGCUUGCACACUUCUCCAAAGGCCUUUCCCUUGAACCUCUGCAGAAACAACUGAUUCCUCAGCAGCAUCAUGAAAACGAACCAGUUAAUGUUGACGAGGCUACGAGAUUAAUGGCUCAGUUAUAAUUCAAUGGUGAUACAUCAAUCAGAUUUCCCCAAAAAAGACCAAUAAAUUUUAAUGUUUUAUACAACUUUAUUUUUAAAAAUCUUGUUAAUGUACAGGCAUUGGCACAUUUUAAAACAAACUACAUAAACAGAUCUUUCCUAUAACCUAGGAAAGUGGAAUGUCAGAAGUCAACAAAAUGUGAUCAACUUAAAGUGCUAGAACAGAAGGCACUUCACAAAAUCUGUUCACUGAAACAAACAGUUAAUAUGUCCUAGUUUAUAUCCUUCACUUUAUAAGUGGCAGUGAAUGUCAGAUUGGCUUGGAAGGACACAAAUACAUUUUUGUGGCAGUAAAAAUGUAAGACACACAAGUGACGAGCCCUUGGCCAACAUUUUUGCUUUUGAUGACCUGAAGUCUGCUUUAACUUCCCUCUCAUAAGAGGGAAAAACAGAAGGAUUCAGAAUAGGAA